AUGGACUUGUUCAGGGUAAGGUUGAAUUGCAUCGACCACUACCAAGCGACUCCGACGCAUUAUGAUCCCCAGCUUCGCAAUGAUAUCGGUUCUGCACAAGCGAAGAAAGGCCCGAAGGUUCCAGUGAUCAGAGUUUUUGGCUCAACGGAAACCGGUCAAAAAGUAUGCGCUCACAUUCACGGAGCUUUUCCGUAUCUUUACGUGGAAUACGAAGGCAGCCUGGAGCCCGAAGACGUUGGUGCUUACAUAUACCGACUUCAUCUCUCGAUUGAUCAUGCUUUGGCUGUCAGUUACCGACGUGAUCAAUACGGAGAGAAUGCAAAAUUCGUUGCCCGGAUCACCCUCGUCAAGGGUGUGCCAUUCUAUGGCUUUUACGUUGGCUACAGGUUCUUUCUGAAGAUUUACAUGUUCAACCCAGUCGUCAUGACACGACUUGCCGACUUGCUGCAACAGGGUGUCAUCUUGAAAAAGAAAUUCCAGCCAUACGAGGCCCACCUUCAAUACUUGUUGCAGUUCAUGACUGACUACAAUUUAUACGGAUGUGGCUACCUUGACGCGGCUGACGUCUACUUCAGAGGACCGGUGCCAUCUUACAACGAAGAAGGAAACUCCCGACAUUUGUGGCACGACAACUCAAUUCCACGGGGCCGCGUACUCGACGAUCUCAGUCUCCCAAGAGUUAGCCAUUGCUCAGUCGAGGUUGAUAUUUGCGUCCAGAAUAUCACCAAUCGCCGGCUGGUGCAAGAGCGCAGGCUUCACCAUGACUUCGUCGAGCGACUGAAGCCACUUCCAGCGGACAUGAAGCUGGUUUACAGCAUGGCAGGGCUGUGGAAAGAUGAGACUCGCCGACGAAAGAUGAAGAUGCCUGACGCAGACCCAGGAAGUAGUCCAUUCCCUGCAGAAGUCUUGGUUUCAAUGUCGGCGAAUCCUCGAGAUUCUCAACCGCAAGGUUGGAUUCACGAAGAGGAAUACAAGGAAGAGGUCGCCAAGCUCAUCGACGCUGAAAGGAAUCCAGACGACCCCUCUGAGCCAAGCUUUGAAUCUUUUGUCGAUCACGCGCCCCAAGAAUCCACGAUCAGGACGGCUCUGCAGUCCGUGGAGGAUUUGUAUCCUGCCAAUCUCCUACCAGCUCUUGGGCUACCUUCCAAUCACUUACCUACCAACCAAAACCCUGCUAGCAGUAUCGAAGUCGACGAGCAAGCUGUCCUUGACCUCGGAGUUGACGACUUCGACCCAUUCCCUGCUGAUUCCGACGAGGAAGCUAUCAUGCAGAUGGGCCAUACUAGUACCAAUAAGGGCGACCAAGUCGACCAAACAACUGAAACAGACGGGAAGCACCUUGCACAUCAGACGAAAAGGAUGCAGCAGAAGGCCAGCGACGGAGACACUAGCUUGUCUCUCAGAAGGACCAUGAAUAGCCCAAGAGACCCGUCGCUUCCACCAUACGAGGGUGUUUGGGCCAGCAGGCUCAAGACCGGAAGGUUGCCAGGAAUGCCAGUCUGGCCUGAGCUACUCAACUCGGCUGAAGAGGAAGGUCUUGUGUCCAAGAUAAAAGGGGGCACUGAUAAGACUGCGCGUCGAACGAACUCAGUCAAGCGGCCAGUUUCGCCUCAUCCUGCAGCACCUUCAAUCAAGCGCCACAAGUUUGUUGCCCCAGAGCUCUCAAGUAUCGACCCCAAGGCACCGACCAGAGGAGCCAUGCAAGGAGAUGCUGCACCCGGAAGCCAGCAAGUUAUCAUGCUACCUUCCUGCUCCCAACAGAACCUGCGUUCGUCGCAACAGGGCCUGGCCGCGAAACAAAUGGCCAAUCAGCAACUAUCGUUUCCGGUGGUUAAAAGUCAGGAAGAUCCAACCACUAAACUGCGUUUGAGCCAGAAGAACCAGUCUCGAGCCGCCCAGCAGGGGGAGAGGGAAUCUCAAAAGCACGUGUCCUUCAACCUUGCCCCAGAUGUCGUUGGCCCCGAGACGGACGCCAACCGCAUCUUCAAAAAAGUUCGCAUCGCAACUCCGAUAACAGACUUGAGUGGAACGGAUAGCCAGAUCCAUCGAGCACAAAAAGCCCUUGAAGCUUUCAGUAGCAGACGGCAUCUCUUGUUCGAAUCUCUCCCUCCUGCAGCAAAAGGCAUUACGUCAACGCUGAAAGACAUGCAAAUUUCCGACGCUAUCUACCAGGAUGCUUAUUACAGCGAGGAAAAGGACGUGCCUGCUCGUCCAAGGGAAUAUGCAGGUCGAGAGUUUCGACUCGAGAGCAACACUCUGCCCUACCUUGCAGACUUUGAUCCAACGGGAACAUCUGCGGCAAGUAUGGGCACCAAGUCAGAUCAUCCCUUUGACAAGGCCAAGGUCGAUCUGGUUCACGAAGCACAAGGGAUGAUUUGCUCUUAUCGAAGCUGGGAAAUAGCCCAACCGCCACCAUCGUUUGCCGAAGUCGAGAAAUGGUGGAACAAGAAACGUCCUCCCCGGAAGGACUCAUCCAGCGUCAACGGGAGAAUUGUCGGAAGUCCACAAGCUUCAAGACGCCAUCUGUCUCAAAUCGACGGACCAACGCCGAAGAACAAGCAUGGCUUCAAGUAUUCGCCGAAGAAGAAGUCGACAAGCGUGAAACAUGAGGCACAAUACAUGAGCACCUUGGCUUUGGAAGUUCACGUCAACACGAGGGGAAAAUUCGUUCCGAACCCCGAGGAAGAUGAAGUCCAAUGCAUUUUUUGGUCCAUCAAAGCAGACGGGACCAUCAGCGCAAGCCAAGAUGCAACUGGCGGGAUCAUUGCUGGAGUUGUUGUCCUCUCGCCGGAUGGUGAGCUUGCUUCUCGGAUGAGGCGAUACAUAUCUGCAGAAGUUCUAGAAGAAUCAUCCGAACUAGACCUCAUGGUGCGCAUGGUGGAGAUUGUCCGGAUGCAUGACCCUGAUAUUCUGACGGGAUACGAAGUCCAUGGCAGUUCCUGGGGCUAUCUCAUUGAGAGAGCUCGCUUGAAGUACGACUACGACCUCUGUGACGAGUUUUCUCGUACGAAGAGCAACUCGCACGGUCGGAUUGGAAAAGAGAACGAUCGAUGGGGCUUCAACACAACCUCGUCCAUUCGUGUCACUGGCAGACACAUGAUCAACAUUUGGCGAGCGAUGCGAGGAGAACUCAAUCUGCUUCAGUACACAAUGGAGAAUGUUGUGUGGCAUGUCCUCCAUCGCCGCAUACCUCAUUAUUCCUGGAGAACCUUAACCGAAUGGUAUCGAAGUGAUCGGCAAAGGGAUCUUGACAAGCUACUGCGCUACUAUCUUGCCCGGACAAGGAUUGACAUCCAGAUUCUGGAGGCAAAUGAGUUGAUCCCCAGAACCAGCGAACAAGCUAGACUUUUGGGAGUUGACUUCUUCUCCGUCUCCUCUCGCGGUUCCCAGUUCAAGGUCGAAUCCAUCAUGUUCAGGAUCGCUAAGCCUGAGAACUUUAUGCUCAUCUCCCCGAGCAGAAAGCAGGUUGGGGGUCAAAAUGCCCUUGAGUGCCUCCCACUCGUCAUGGAGCCUCAGAGCGCCUUCUACAAUAGCCCAUUACUGGUACUCGAUUUCCAGAGUCUAUACCCCAGCGUCAUGAUCGCCUACAACCUAUGCUACUCCACCUUUCUCGGACGUAUUGUCAACUGGAGGGGAAUUAACAAAAUGGGCUUCACAGAAUACCGGAGGCACAAGCGGCUGCUCGAGCUUCUGAAAGAUCAUAUCAAUAUUGCACCCAACGGCAUGAUGUAUGUAAGGCCUGAGAUCCGGAAGUCUCUGCUGGCAAAGAUGCUAGGCGAGAUUCUGGAGACCCGAGUCAUGGUCAAGAGCGGGAUGAAGCAGGACAAAGACGACAAGACGCUGCAGCAGUUGCUUAACAAUCGACAGCUUGCACUUAAGCUCCUCGCCAACGUUACCUACGGAUACACAUCAGCAUCGUUCUCUGGCCGUAUGCCUUGCUCCGAAAUCGCCGACAGCAUUGUCCAAACUGGCAGAGAGACGUUGGAAAGAGCCAUCGCGUACAUUCAUUCACAAGAGCGAUGGGGAGCUGAAGUCGUCUACGGCGACACAGACAGUCUCUUCGUCUACCUGAAAGGUAGAACCAAGGACCAAGCAUUCGACAUCGGCAACGAGAUCGCCAAGGCCAUCACGGAUAUGAACCCAAGACCUAUCAAGCUCAAGUUUGAAAAGGUGUACCAUCCUUGCGUGCUGCUUGCUAAGAAGCGCUACGUCGGUUACAAGUACGAGAGCAAAGACCAGGCCAAGCCGGACUUCGAUGCAAAGGGUAUUGAGACUGUUCGACGAGAUGGAACGCCCGCAGAACAGAAGAUCGAGGAGAAGGCGCUCAAGAUCCUUUUCGAGACAGCCAACCUCAGUGAGGUAAAGUCCUACUUCCAAAAGCAAUGCGAGAAGAUUAUGCGGGGGUCCGUCUCGGUUCAGGAUUUCUGCUACGCCAGAGAAGUCAAGCUAGGCACCUACAGCGAGAAAGGACCUCCGCCACCAGGGGCCUUGAUCAGCACCAAGAGAAUGCUCGAGGAUGCUCGCGCAGAACCGCAAUACGGAGAACGAGUGCCCUAUGUUGUCAUCACCGGUGCGCCGGGGGCACGACUUAUCGACCGGUGUGUGGCGCCGGAAGACCUUCUCAAAGACUCCCAUUCCCAGCUGGAUGCUGAGUACUACAUUUCCAAGAACUUGAUUCCACCCCUGGAGAGGAUUUUCAAUCUGGUAGGCGCGAACGUACGGCAGUGGUACGACGAGAUGCCCAAAGUACAGCGGAUUCGCCGGGUUGAUCAGACACUCGGUGGUGGACUGGCCAAAAAGACGCUAGAGUCAUAUCUGAAGUCUGCAUCGUGCAUCUCAUGCAACGUCAAAAUGCAAGUCGAGGGAGUGCUGUGCUCGAAAUGCCAGCAAGACGCGCCGUCGUCCCUGUUCAAUCUUCAAACACGGCUGAACCAUGAGGAGAGGAAGUAUAUGGACGUCGUCAAGAUCUGCCGAAGCUGCUCGGGACUCCCUGCGGCAGACGACGUUCCUUGUGACAGUAAAGACUGUCCUGUAUUCUACUCGCGCGUCAAACAAAGCGCGCGACUAAAGACGGAGAAAAGCGCUCUAGACCCAGUUAUUCGAGACUUGGUGCUGGAGGCAGGAAAGGCAGCAUUGGACUGGUGA